UCAUACUUUCUAUGUAUACUCUCAUUGUAGUAAAUUAAAGAACAAUGUCGUCUUUUGCUUUCUUGGUCGUGUGCGUUCAAGCUUGCUUGAUCCAGAAUGUCUACAGUCAAUGCAUUGGCGCACCUUUGGGACCCGCGGCAUAUCCGGGCAUGGCAAACCCAGGUCUUGCAUUAGGUCAGGCUGGUUUGGUUGGACCAGCUCUAGCCAACCCCGCCAUUGCAAAUCCCGCUUUAGCCCCCUUCUCUAACAUCGCUGGUGCUUAUGGAGGUUCUGGUAUCGGUGAUGUAGCCGUAGCCGGAGAGAUGCCAGUUGCUGGUACCACUAUGGUAGCCGGACAGGUGCCCAUACUCGGUGCUGUACGCUUCGCUGGUGACCUCCCAGCUGGUGGUGUGGUCUCUAUUGCUGGUAGCUGCGGUUGUGGAGCUUCUGGUCCAAUCAUGUACUGAUUAUUAGCUCAAAUUAAAUUAAUAUGAAUAUAA